AUGGCGCCCAAGAUUGAUCCCGAGGCCGGCUGCCUCAUCCCCGAGCCAGGCCAGUGGCCCAUCGACCCCCAGCAAGACGUGCCCAUCCGCGAAGACCGCCUGUGGAUUGACGGCUGCUUCGACUUCUUCCACCACGGCCAUGCAGGCGUUAUGCUGCAAUCCCGUCGUUUUGGAAAUGAGCUGCUCGUUGGUCUGCACAACGAUGAGGAUAUUGCCAAGAACAAAGGCCCGACGGUUAUGAACCUCGCUGAGCGCGUGGCUGCGGUCAAUGCGUGUCGUUUCUCGACUUUGUGUGUACCACAUGCGCCGUAUGUGACUUCGAUACCUUGGAUUAGUCACUACGGCUGUCAGUAUGUCACCCACGGCGACGACAUCACCAGCGAUGCGAGCGGUGAGGACUGCUAUCGGUUUGUCAAGCGGGCAGGCAGGAUGAAGAUCGUACCGCGGACGCCUGGCAUUAGCACCACCGAUCUGGUCAGCCGAAUGUUGAACAUCACAAAAGACCACUUCAUUGACAGUCUGCUAGACUGCAUAGAGGGAAGAGAGGAUACCAGUGGGAAGGCAGGAGGGGCUGAAGGUGGGAGGGACAUGGAGACACGGAUAAAGGAGUACGCCGCAGCUCCGAAUGGCUUGGACCCGUUUGUGGAAGUCUACAGCUACAGAGGCGAGGGAGGCCCAUUUACGUCAAUGGUGAAAGGUGUGCCUCCCAGACCUGACCAGCGCCUGGUCUAUGUAGACGGCGGCUUCGAUCUCUUCUCGUCCGGCCACAUUGCCUUCUUGCAAACCGUCGCCGAACUCGAACCGAAUGCAUACGUGGUUGCCGGCGUCCACGACGACAAAGUGGUCAACGAGCACCGAGGUGUCAACUACCCCAUUAUGAACAUCUUCGAGCGCGGCCUGUGCGUCGUUCAGUGCGCCUACAUCCACGGUGUAGUCUUCGGCGCCCCAUACACGCCGUCAAAAGCCUAUUUGGAGUCGCUCCCCUUUGGUCGAACGGACGCAGUCUAUCACGGCCAGACAGCUUUCAUGCCAACGGCCUCAGAUCCAUACGCAGACGCGAAAGCCAUGGGCAUCUUCAAAGAGACACCCAAGCACGACUUUCAAGACGUCAAUGCUGCGCAGAUCGUGCAACGAAUUAUGGAUCGGAGAGACGAGUAUGAGGCGCGGCAGAUGAAGAAGGGAAUAAAAGCGGUGGGAGAGGAGGCGCAACACAGGCGGGAGGUGAUGGAGCGUGAAGCUGAGCAGCGGAGGCAAAAGAGGAUGCAAGAAGCGACGACGACAGCGUAG